AUGGGGCACAGGUCUUCCUCGGCAUCCUUUGUCGUAUUCACAUUCAACCGGAGCCGUUCCUUCAGCCCUUGUUUUUCUGCUCGUUUCGCUGAUUCGGUAUACACCGACGAAAAAGAUUUCACAGAAUAAAGUUUCGAGUGGCAGUCUUAUUCGCGGAGGAACGCGUUCGCUUCUCGAAUUUUUCAUUGAAUUUCAAUCGGAGUACGCGAUCGACGUGCUGACAUUUUCUUCGGUCGCUGAAAGGCUAAACAGAUCCCAUAUAAAACAGAAGACUCGAAUCAAUUUACUCGAGCAGACGACAAUUUUGUUACACCACCGUAAUAUCUUCAACCAACGGAAACACCACGUUUCGGUGCAUCGAAAUUAGGUACCAAAUUUUUCCCGGUAGCCGCAUGGAGAUAAUCAAAGGACAUUAAGCGCGGGGGGGGAUAGUUGGCAACGCGACCUGUGAUGACGAAGCUCCCGGUGUCAAUCAUGAAAGUAAUGAAAGUGUUCGAAUGAAAAUGUUCUUGAUAUGUGUUCAGAGAGUUUCAACGAAUCCUUUUUGCAACUUGAAUAUCGUAUUUUUCCGAUAACUCAUGAAAUUAAAACCGACGGACCGUAUAAGAUUAAUCGAAACUCCUGCACGAAUCUGCCAUGGACGUAGCCCGUUGGUAUCGGAUAUCACCGAAUCAGCUUAUAGAAUAAGCUUUAAGGAUAAUUAAGCAUUGUUGCCGCAGUGAAAAAAAGACUGUUCGUCUGCCCUGUGAAAAUACACCGGAUCGGCGAGAAUUAUCACCGUAUAAAUUCAGCAUGGCAAAUGAUCCCGAGGAAAUGUUUCGUGUUCUGUUUUACCCAACUGAUGAAAUGCGUGACCGCAAACAAAAUGAAGAAGAAGACAGAAAUGCAUUGAGGCGAACCAGCAGAAGCAUGCAGGCUGCUCGACAACUCGGAUGUUUUUAUCUGGAAAACCUUAUUCCCGAGAUUUCCUGCGGACACUGCAACCACCUAAAAACUAUAGUUCCUGUGCGAUUGAUACAAUCCUUUCGCGUGUGAGCUACAAUUGUGAUUUAUCUUGCUUCCGCUACCAGAUGUCGUUUGCGACGAACGGAAUUCUGGAUCCCGUUUCCGCCGACUUAAAUGUGAUUUUUAAACGAACCUUACGUAGAAACAAUGCAUCGAGAUGCUCGAAUGAUGGCGUAGUAUCAAAUCAUUUAAUUUUACAUACGAAAUAGCCGUAUGCGAUCUGUGAACAUUUAAAAGCGACUCGUAAACAAAUCUUCGCCUUGGAGGCAUGUAAACUAUAUUCUUAAACGAAGCACGAAUAUGAAGUCGUUCCAACGAAGACAGCCCAUCAUACCAUUACAGGAUCAAGGUUUGGAUUAACCAUGUCCACUAAGAGGCGUCGUGGGCCUAAAUUAAACAUAGAACGUAAAAUAAUACACGAAGGCCAUAAUAGAUAGGAUGAGUGGAUCUCGACAGAACGAAGCACGUUGCUUCAAUGAAAACUCUCCACGGCCACCAGUGCCUGGAGAGGAAACGGGAAACUACGUCAGCAGGUUCCGUCCACAGAGUCCAACUCUGACCCCUAGGCGCUCUUCUCUUGCAACUCCAACAGCUUCAGGUUGCGAUGCUUCGGCACCUUUGGGAUUUGAACCGGAAGGUUGCUGUAGUACGACAACUAUGGAAAGUGAUUCACCGCCUGCUUGUUUGCAGUGGGCCAGGAACCUGCAUUCCCUGCUGCAGGAUCCAGUGGGCUUGGAAUUGUUCAGGAAAUAUCUGGAUCAAGAAGGCAGACCACAUGCAAAUCCUCUUAACUUCUGGUUUGCGUGUGAAGGUCUCAAGGAACAAGAUGACCCUGAAAGGAUAAAUCAAUUGGUUAAACUUAUCUACAGAAAGUUCUUCCUUAAAUCGCAGUUAGCUAUACCAGAAGAUGUACGAAAGGAGGCUAAUCGUCGAGUUAAGGAAGGACGGGCGGACGAGAAGGUGUUCGAUGCUGUACAGUUGGAAGUCGAACGCCUCAUUAAUGAGACUACAUAUCCAAACUUUCUUCGGUCUGAUAUGUAUCUUCAAUAUGUACAGUCCUACCAGAAUCCAGAUUCUGGUGGAUGUCCUAGUUCAGGAUCGAGUCGAGAGAUGUCUGUUUCUUGUGGGCCAAGCUUAUUGCCCACUGUCCACGAAGACAGUGAAUUUGUUAGUUCCGUACAUAGCUCACAUUCAGCUAGUGAAACGCCUGGGGAAUUGAGGGGUGAGCUGAGAUUGACCAAAGAUAUGCUUAUGGCUACUCAACAAACUAGGGCGAUGGAUCUUCGACCAAAGCCAGAAGCAUAUGCUGGCAUUUACUUGCAACAUGGAGCUAGUCCAUAUCAUAUGCUCGUACCCAGACUGCACGCACAAUAUUCCUCAUACAAUCCAGUAUCCAGACAGGAUUCAGAACUUCAAAGCUUGAGCAGUGAUGCACGAACAGAAUCAGACAAUAUGUCCCUCACCGAUUCGUCAGUUGAUGGAAUGUCAAUGGGUAAACAACGAAGUAAAAAACAGUAUAUAAGACAGUGUAGAGCUAUGAAAGAUUCAGCUAGUUUAAAUCGUGAUCCAAUGGCGCAUCAUACAAUCAUCCCCCGUACGCAGCGGGUGCCACGUGAUCUAAUGCAUCCAUUGAAACCGGAAGAAUUUGCUCAAGUGCUUAUUGAGAAGUUAGAGAAUGUCAAACGCGAAAGAGAAUCUCAGGAAAAGCUUGAUAGGCAUUUGCAAGAGGGCGAAACGAUUAACAAGGACGUUGCUUUGGAGAUGCCAAGCGGAGCUCCGAAAGCACUAGCUGACGCACUGAGGGAAAAAUUGUUGAUAGAGGAAGAUAACGAUCAAGCAAUUCUGGACCAACAUGUGUCACGAGUUUGGUCGGACCUAACGCCUUCUCGAUCGCCUGGACUCUCAUCACCAAGACUGCAUUCGCCUGAAAGAAGACGUUCUACGCACAAUUAUCCACGUUCGUACAAACAGAGAAAAGAGAAGGAUGUGUUCUCUACGUUUUCAGCAGAUAGUGGUAAUAUUCACGAUUUCCAAGAAGGCAGCGAUCUUGUCGGAGCUGGCUCCAUGAGUUCAUUAGGAUCUCACUUGCCUAAAUCUAAAUCCGUGCCAUCUGAUUAUGCCGAUUCCCUCCAUAAGCAAGACCUUUAUCUUCAAGGUCAUGACCAGAGAUUCCGAAGGUCGGACAUGACUAGGAGAUCAGCCACAAAGAAGUCUAUGACGGAAUUAACAGAUAGUGGUGUAAGCGUUGUAAGCGAUGCGCCACCAUCGACGAUUAGUAAAGAUAUUCGUCUUUUGUCAUGGCUUAAAGAAACUGAUAAGAAAGAUAUCAAGCACAGCCGUCAUGGGAAGAAGUAUGGAUCUCGUAGUGGCUCUUUGGAAAGAACGAAUAGGGAAACGUGGGGAGUUCCUGCCCAACCUUUUGUUGCCGACCCAGGAAUGCCACCAUUACCACAACCUCAUACAGCAACCCAAUUAGAAGAAGCAAGAAGAAGAUUAAUCGAGGAAGAUAGGGCACGUUCAAGUUGCAAACAACGCCAUUCUAAUAUUUCUAAGCAAUCGUCGUAUGAGCCUACAAUGCAGAGUCAAUCUUAUGUUCAAUCAAACCAAUCAACGUUAAGGAAAACGAAGCAAGAUAUCGGAGAUUUUACCACCGUUGUGUUCAGUUUCUGUGACGAACAGUUUCCUUAUAGGACUAAAAUUCCUGGUCAUAAUGUCACUUUAAAGCAGUUUAAAGAAUACCUUCCUAAGAAAGGCAGCUAUCGAUAUUUCUUUAAAACUGAGUGCGAGGAUUUGGAUACGAAGGUUAUUCAAGAAGAAAUAACUGACGAUUCUGAAGUUUUACCGUUAUGGGAGGGUAAAGUUAUGGCGCAAGUCAAGGCGCUCGAGUGAUAGACUGAAACAAGGAUAUUCUCAAUAACGAACGUGCUAACUUCGAUAAAGUGCCGCAACUAAUUUUAUUUAAGAGGACCAGCAUUCUAGAAGAAGAAACCUAAUAAAGGCGAUACUCGGUAUUAGUAUAUUGAAGUUGCUAAAGCGGUUUCUUCCGCUUCGGUUGACCGAGCGCAAGUGUUUUUAAAAUUGACAAAACAAAACGAAAACCUGUUAACCGAGCAAAACCAUUAUAUGUUUAUUAAGUAAAAAAAAGACGAAAAACAAAACCUUAUUUAGAUGACUACAGAUUUUGUUGGAUAUCGAUCCUUGACUAAUACUUGAUUUUUACAGAAUUUGUAUCUUCUUCGAAAUGUACUUUUUAAUUCCUAUCAAAAUGGUACCCUCGACGAUAAUAUUUUGUAUCGUAUUUGUUUCUUCCCGAUUAUCGAGAAAAGGCAUAUGGUGUUGCUGUAUUGUACAUAAUUUUACUUAUGAUUUUUAUGAAAAAGCGUUCCUUUCUGUGGCGAAGGUUUUGCAAGCAAAAAAUACAAACUAAAGAAAUCAAAAAGAAAUGUACGUGAUUCUAGUUUGAUCGGUUCUACACGAAACUGGGCAAGUUGCAGUAACGCGAUGAGUUUACCAAAUUUUCAACAAGAGCAACUUAUUCAUUUUCGGUAGCAGAUAAUUCGUGAAAACUGAAUACCAUCGUGAUCGCAAAUUUGGUUAUCCACCGAUAUCAGUUCGGACAGAUCGCAUCGACGCCGGGAAACAACAUUGUAUAUUGAUUGAAUGAAUAAUUUCUUCCUCUUAAAGACUUCCCAUAGUUUUCCAAACGACUGUACAAAGGCCCGCGUAGUUCAUCGCCUUAGUAAGGUCUGUAUAGGCCUUAGAUAUACAUAGGAAAGAACAUUAUUACAAAUUAGUUUGUAAGAUGGUAUAUUACGUGCAUUAUGAAAUACACAUGCUCUGUUUUAAUGUACGUAAUAUAUCGCCCCCAUUCGAAAUACUGUGAAAAAAAAAAUAUUAAGAAUACAAAUCAUGUUUUGUCGUACCACCAUUAUCACCCAUUUGACAUUGUAAAAUAAGCUCCUGCAUCGCAUAACACAACACAUACAUGGGAAAUAGAAGCGCGACACAUUAAAAAAAAAAGAAGAAGGAAAUUGGCAUUUUUCGGGGGGAGGGAUGGGGAUGGGGAAACGGGAGGAGAAAACACGAAGUACUUUGGUGGAAAUGGAAAAUAAAAAAAGGAAUCGUUAGUGUCUAGACCGUAACACAAUGUUUUAUCAGGUGCGAAAAAUUGUGCCUUUUUAGUGCAGUAAGAUCGAAGUAAGCCUAAGAAAAAAAAAGGUUAAGAGAUACUUAUAAAUUGGAGACCAGCGGGUCUAAUAUCGAGAGGAUAAAUUUGAUACACCGAGCGUUUUGUAUAUAUUUUUUUCCAAACUUCAUCGUAGUCUUUGCAAGCUUAAUCAUUAGCAUCGUUAACGCUAAAAGAAACAAUUAUCAGCAUCGUUACUUUGACAACACUGUAUUUUUUUCGUAUUGAAUUCUCAACGACGAUAUACAUCCGUUCCGUUUCACUGUUUCGACUUCAAAAUGAUUCUUGCGACGAAAAAAUUGAUUACGUGCGUAUGUAUUCAAAAAAAAAAUGGAGAAACGGAAGGAAAAGUUUAAAAAUCGAACGUGUGAUUGAAAUCUUCUCGAAUGGCCUUCGCAUACUGGUUCGAUUCUUAUAGUCGUAGGCGCUCGGCUUCCUAAAACUGAUUUUUGAAUUUUUAACAGACACCGGGAGACGGAGAGAAAAAAAAGAACGAAAAGAAAUGUAGUAUCUACAUGAAAUGAAUUCAAUGACGCCGAGGCUGGAGGCGAUGCACCGUGGCUGAUAACAGUUUAUUGUAUGUAAUUGAUUAUCUUUAAUUAUUACCACGAAUGAUAAAGUGUUCCUGUACCUAAUUAAUUAAUAAUGAUUAUUAUUGUAUAUCAAAAGUAUUGAGAAUAAUAAUGCCAUUUUCACUGGAUUAUAUGAAA